GGGGGCGGGUCCGACGGGCUGAAAAUAAGCGUCCGGCGGACGGUAGCUGGCAAGGCUCAUGCUGUAGUGCUUCGCGACCGCUUGGACGAUUGUCAGGGUACCAGUAACCAUGACAUCCCUGUGGCUGCUCAGAGUUACCUUCCUGUGUGUCCUGCUCUGGACGUUUUAUGCUCCAGGUACCAGGGCCCAUGAGCCUGGGGCCAGCAUCCAUCAUGGCAGCGCGGGUCUGGACAAGAACACAGUGCAUGACCAAGAGCAUAUCAUGGAACAUCUAGAAGGUGUCAUCGACAAACCAGAGACGGAGAUGUCCCCUCAAGAACUGCAGCUCCACUAUUUCAAAAUGCAUGAUUAUGAUGGCAACGAUUUGCUUGAUGGCUUAGAACUGUCCACGGCCAUUACUCAUGUCCAUAAGGAGGAGGGGAGUGAACAGGCACCAGUAAUGAGUGAAGAUGAACUGAUUAACAUAAUAGAUGGCGUUUUGAGAGAUGAUGACAAGAACAACGAUGGAUACAUCGACUAUGCUGAAUUCGCAAAGUCACUGCAGUAGAUGUUAUUUGGCUCUUUAGUUAUGUGCAAAUGUGACCCUUGAUAAUGUGAUGGGACUUGUCUGGUAAUGCAAAACAACUCAUUUCCAUCUACUGCUAUACCCUUCUGUGGCAGUUUGUUACACUGGGGUGGGGGAAAAGCCAGAAGGAAUACAAAUGAAUGGGACAUGCCUUCUUAGUCCCCACGUGCUUUUAAGCUUGUGGGACUGGAGCUGGAUGAGAACCUCCAGAAGGGUGUUGGAUAUUAUCCCCAAGCUCUCAGGAACUGGACUGCAGAAUGCCACUCUAAUUUCUUGAUGUUAAUUCAUGCUACCUGAAAAGUAAAGGCAGUUUGCUUUGCAAAGUGGGCCCACUUUGCAGUAACAGUGGAGGGACAGUGUGAAAGCACAUGUUUUCCCUGGUGGGUCCCAUCUCUAGGCAGAUGUGGUCAGUGUUCUGUUCCCCUGACAUACAGCAUCACUUGCUCUGGGCAAGUGGCUAUAUACGAGAGUGUAUUAAAGCCACCACAUAAGAAGAAUGUCACCCAUUAAGUUCAGCCGGAUGCAGAGUCUGUCUGAGAUUCUGUAUCCACUGGUGUUUUGGAGACGCAACACCACUGACCUAAAUAAUUAGCCCUUUUCAGUUCUUCAGUAUUUUAUACAACUACUGCCACACCCAAGCUGGGAGGGACCUUGAAUUUGAGAGUGUUCUCUGAUCACUGUCCUCUGUUUUCCUGGUCCUGGUAUUUCAUCCUUGCUCCCAGGGUUCCCUUCGUGAAGUACCAACUAUUGACUUGAUGUUGCAGGUUUAAACCAUCAGCUGGUCUAGCCUGAGUGAGAGCCUAAAAGAUCAGUCACUCAGAAAUGGUGAUUAAUUUCAUACAAGUUUGGAAGGAAUGUUUUAAAAUUACCUCUUCAAGCCUGAAUGCAAGAAUUCUUUUCCUUUCAGGGAAGAUCAGAAAAGGAAGCCUAAGGCCCUUUAGCAUUGUGAAUCUUUGUAGUAGCUGAAAGAGAAGCAGCCUCGGGGUGUAAUUUGCCUUGCAGGAUAUGAUAGACAUAUACUAUAAAUGAAUUCAGAAUGAUGGCAGAGUUGGAAGAAGAAGCUGAAUCAAAUUUGCUUUAAGACGUAUAGAGACUUAUUUUCUUUAUUAAAGUAUUCUUGUAAGAAAACGUAUGUAUUUGUAAGACAGUUUCCUGUGUCAAGUAUUUGUGCAAUCAGAGCUGACUUGUAAACUAUUCUUGUAAUAUCUCAUUAUUUUGAAAGAUUUAUAUAAUGAACUCACUAUCUGACAAUAAAACAGAUGGAAAGAUAA